UGCAUAUCGAAUGUCGAAUGUUGUUUACGGGUGUUUACCUCAUUUAUUCAGUUUUUCGCUCUCAAACGCAGCAAGUGAAGGCGUGGCGUCAUCGGGACAUCUGGACAAAUGUAACAGGUCUUGCCAGUAAUAUAACUUUCUAGUCGUAAUCGAAACGCUCCCAAAGUCUUCCACGUUUCUGUAUCUCGCAAAACUGAGAUGACCAGCGCGAGUCGUUUCGAUGCUGUCUAUAGGUCGGCUCUCCUGUCGAAAUACUUCAUCAAGGGCUGGGGAAAGCCGGACAACAUCAAACGGAUUUUUGAUUUCAAGAAGCUGAUGAAGGCUAGGGACACUUGCAGUCAGCUGGUUCCCUCCGACUACCCCAUUGUGAUUGACAAGGUGGAAGAGCACACCAGCUACCGUAUCCUCGAAGGUCACCUGAUAAGUCCUUUAGUGCAGUACCUCCCCGAAGUCGUGCCAAAGGAGUCUCACAAGGCAUGGUUUCAAGUGUUGUUGCCCAGGCGGUGGGUCACAGAGCCCUUACGACCCGUCUGCAUUCACUUGGCGGGAACCGGGGAUCAUCAUUUCUGGAGAAGACGGACCCUAAUAUGUAGGCCAUUGUUGAAGGAGCACGGCAUUGCAUCGAUAAUCCUCGAGAACCCAUUUUAUGGUCUAAGAAAGCCCAAGGAACAGGUGCGCUCCAAUCUCCACUGCGUCUCGGACAUCUUUGUGAUGGGUGGAUGCUUGGUGCUGGAAUCGCUCGCCUUGUUGCACUGGUGCGAGCGGGAGGGUUUUGGACCCCUGGGCAUCACGGGCAUCUCCAUGGGUGGUCACAUGGCGUCGCUGGCCGGUGCGAACUGGCACAAGCCUCUAGGCAUCAUCCCGUGCCUCAGUUGGACGACGGCAUCUUGCGUUUUCACGCAGGGGGUGAUGAGUGGUGCCAUCCCGUGGGAGCUUCUGCAAAGCCAGUACUUCUCGGAUCACGUGUUUCGGGAAGAGAUUGAACAGAUGAUCCAUUCACCCGAAGAGAAUGCGGCGUUCAAGGCCGGUCAGCAGUUUGCCCGCAACUUCCCACACACCAUGGAGAGCUACCGGAAGAUCUCGAGGGAACUGCAGUCUUCAUCGCCUCCAUCCUCGUCGCCGUCAUCGUCUCCUUCCGCCGCGCCGGAGACUGCCCGUUCUCCCGUGGAGGCGCUCAAUUUCAUGCGGGGCAUCAUGGACGAGUGCACCCACCUGGAAAACUUUGCGCGGCCCGUGGACCCGGACCUGGCGGUCUGCGUGGCGGCCACCAAAGACGCCUACGUGCCGCGGGAAGGGAUCAAGUCCCUGCCCGAGAUCUGGCCCGGCUGUGAGGUGCGCUACGUCGACUGCGGCCAUGUUGCCGCCUUCCUCUUCAGCCAGCACGUGUUCAGGAAAGCGAUCGUGGACUCGCUCGCCAAGACCAGCGCCAAGUACUACGGAAGGUCGCUUUUCCCGAGCCAAGAAUCGGCCGUGGAGGGCGCCGUUUCUGUGGCGCCCGUUCAACUAAACAAAAGCGCCGAAAAUUCGCGAGCCUGACGACGUCGACUUUAUCCACAACCACGGGUAUGAAGGCUGGUUCGCACAUUUGCGUUUGACUGCCAUUGGCCGAGUUUCCUCGCACCUGCUUGCAAGUGAACACGCAGGAGCUGUCCAUGAGGGUAGCCCUGGAAAUGCGUAUCGCUAGACCGAAGGAAGGACGCCACCCAACAUUGACCACAUAUUGUUGGAUUUUAAACAGUUCAGAAAAGAAAGGGACAAAGCACCCGCAACUGUAAACUCCCGAGGCAAGCCGAAAUAUGUACAUGAACAGACCAAGUCUACGGGCGAUUCCGUAGCGGGAGUCCAAGGACCGAGAUCUGGAGAAUGCGGGCCACGGUUAAACGCUUCAAUUUCUCUUCUUCUGUCAGGUCAUGACAUAGUGCAUCCAUCUUUUUUUUGCCCAUAGACAUACUUUCGUUCGUUUGAGGUUUUGCGGUAGUAUUUGCGAUAUCAAACAUACGCACUAUCCACAAAAGUGGUUGCUUAUAACGUCAGAAUUAUUACGAGUAAUGAUUGUGUUGUGUGUAUGUUUAUACAGCCAGAAGUCAGUCAGCCCCAAUAGGUGUCUGGUGUCUCAGCUGUG